GCCAGAUAGAAGCGGCAGUCCACUGUAUGUUCUGGCCUAAAAUAUUCUGGGACUUCUUGACUAAAGGACUCGACUGGACACUGCGCCCUUUCCCACUGAUACAACUUCUGAAUCUCGGUUUCAGCAUCUUAUUGAUUGCUUGGGAAUGGCCCAUUGACUUAUUUGCUGGUACACGAGUUCAUCAAAGUCUCCAAGCGAGGUUGAUUGUCGUCCCAUUCGCAGGUCUUGUAGCAGCCUUGAUUUAUCAAGGGACUGAUGUCGCCUUUUAUUACUUUAUAGGGACAGGGAUGUACUAUUGGGCUCAUAUUACAGGGGAGAUAAGGCUAUUCCUGUAA